GGUGAGCAACCUUGACAUUCCCUAGAAGGCUGGGCAAUCUCCCUGGCUCCCUGGAAUCCUCCACAGAACUUGUGUCCCUGGAAGCAUGCACCCCAGGGGGGAGCAGGGUGGGGAGGGGAUCUAGGAAAGACCACUGCUUGAGGGACAGAGCACAAAGUCCCUGAUGGAGUAGAUGGGAGGAUGGAUGGCAAAAGAAGCCCCAGCCGGAUGCUUAGGUUUCUGGGAGGACACCCUGGCUGAGUGCAGGUGGAGAGAGGAGAAAGCAGCUUCACUGAACGGCCACCCUGGGGACCGCGUGAAUCUCUCCUGCAUAGGGGUCUCGCAACCCACCCGUUGGGUCUGGGCACCUAGAUUCCCAGCCUGCAAAGGCCUGUCCAAAGGACGCCGCCCGAUCCUGUGGGCCUCACCGAGUGGGACCCCCACCGUGUCUCCCGCCCAGCCCUUUGCUGGCCGCAUAAAUGCCCUGGACCUUGGUAUCCGGCGACUGGAGCUGCUCUUGAGCGCGGGGGACUCGGGCACCUUUAUCUGCAAGGGUCGCCAAGACGAGGAGAGCCGUACGGAGCUUCAUGUGCUGGGAGACCGGGCCUACUGCAAAGCUCUGGGGUCGUCGUAUUCCCAGAUUCUGAUCCCGCUGCUGGGCACUGGGCUGGUGCUGGGCCUCGGAGUAGUGGGCUGGGCCUGCUGGCGGCGCAGGCGCUCGCCCCCUCAUCCGCCUCGACCAACCCCCAGAUUUGGUGAGACUAACUCCCCCGCACUUUUCCUUAUCCGCACAUUCCCCACCCAGUGUCUGAGUCUGAGCCCUUGCCGGGAGCAGACAAGUUGGUCACCUUCUCUCAAUCCUUCAGCUCUGUCCCCCCCACAUAGUUUCACUCGUGAAAGCCGAGCCCCAGAGGCCAGAAGAGGAGGAAGAGCCCAAGAUGUCAGGGGACCUGGAUCAGGAGCCGAGCCUGCUCUACGCAGACCUGGAUCAUAUGGCCCUCAGAAGGUCCAACCGACUGUCCCCAGUGGUCCCUGCUGAUGCCUCCACCAUCUAUGCUGUUGUAGUUUGAAGGGAAGCCUUUACAGCAAACCUCACAAGCUGGGGGCUCCCAGAUCUCCAUUACACCCUUCCCCUUCUUGGCCCUUCACCUGACAAAGGCAGGCACCAUGGGAUAGAAAUGAGCACUAGACUGGGAGUUGAGAGACCUAGGUUCCAGGCUAUCUCUGCUGCUGAUCUUGGUCCUUCCUUACCCCUGUCUCUCACACCUGUUUCCCCACCUUAAGACACCAGCAACUCCUAGAUCGUUGCCCUAUCUCUUCACUUCUCUUGACAGUCAAGCUCUUUGAACCAAGGGCCUACACCUGUCUCUUCCAUUUUUUCCUUGCUCCUACUACUCACCUGUCUCCAUGAGAUUGCCAGUGAGGUAUUAAUAGCCACACCCACUAGAUGUUUUGUUAGCAUUCAUCUGGCUUGACCUUUGAUUGCUCUCUUAUUUAAGCUCUGUUUUUCUUUAAUGUCGGUGUCUUCCUCCUGGACUCCCUUUCCUUCCUCCCUAUUCCCACAGUAUUCCCCACCAUUCCAGGUUUGUCUUUUUAAUAUCUGCUUUUCUCCCUCUUCUAGGAUGGUGUCAUCCACAGCCAGUCCUCAGCCUUUACUUUAACUGCAAACAACACCCAGAAUUCCCUCCAGUUCCCAUCUCUGAUAUGAGAAUUCCAAACUGUCCCUCAGACAUCCCUGCCUGGCUGACCCUAGGUAUUUUGCACACAGCAGGUCCAAAAGCCAACGCACUGUCAUUUCCCAAGCCACUUAUUUAAACCUUCCUCCAUGCAUCUUCUCUUGAUCAACCCUGUUGCCCAAGCCAGAAAGUGGGAGUCAUGUAACCUCCUUCCUCUCACUCCCACAUGAUAAACCAAGUCCUGUCUAUUUUAAUGUCGUCAUCAAAUCCACACCCUUUGCAUGCCCAGCACUGCCACCUGAGUGUACUCGCUUCAGUUCCUCCCUGGAUUUCCCACAGGCUCAUCUCAUUCUCCUGUCCUUGUGCUCCUCACUGAAACCAGAAUCUCCCUGAAUGCUAACCUCCUGACCGCCUACAUUUCAGCAGUAUUUCAGUUCUGGCCCUCAGCCUUGGUUUCAAGGUGUUACAGUAUUCUACUUACUCUCCAGGCUUAUCUCUGUCACUCGAUGCCUAGAACAUGAAGCCUUUGAGAAAUUCUCCCCAGCCCACAAAUAUGCCUGUGCCCACUGCAGUUCCUUCUUCCUGGGUUGCCCUUUGUCUCCUUCUCACCAUGUGCCUGGCUAAUUCUUAUUUAUCCUCAGGACUCAGUUCAAAUGUAAUCUUUUCUGGGAAGUUAUUCUGACCCUCUUAGCCCACUCCUGCAUAUACUUUGAUGCCCUCUGGAGCCCCUUAUUUCUCUCAUAGCAACAGCCUCCUGUGAAUUGUUCCAUUACAACCUGUAUUUCAAUUUAUAAGAAAUUUUCAUGUACUGUGAGUUCCCUGAUAUCAGGAGACUGACCCUUUUUCUCUCACUGCUAAGCCUCGGUAAAUGAAUG